CGCCGCCCCGCCGCUGCUGUCCCCCGCGCCGCCGGGAGCCGCCACCGGGGCCAGCGGCGGCCAGGAGCCGGCCGGGCAGCGGAGGAUGCCGGAGACCGGGCAGGAGCCGCCCAGCGCCCCUCCGCCGCCCCCCAAGGAGUCCUUCUACAUCAAGAACCUGCUCAACGGCGGCCCCCCCAAGGCGCCCCCCAAGCAGCCGCGGGCGCUGUUCGCCCCCUCGGGCAAGGCGGCGGUGGACGGCGCCGGCUUCGCCCUCUCGCAGGUGGGCGACCUCGCCUUCCCCCGCUUCGAGAUCCCGGCGCCGCGCUUCGCCCUGAGCGCGCACUGCCUGGAGCGCGCCCAGACCUGGUGGUACCCCUACGCCCUGACGCCGGCCGGAGCGCACCUGCCCCGCACGGAAGCCGCAGAGAAAUCCCUGCUGAGGGACUCGUCCCCCGCCUCGGGCACCGACCGGGACUCCCCGGAGCCGCUGCUGAAGGCGGAGGGGGAGCAGAAGGAGCUGGACUCCAAGAGCCCCGACGAGAUCGUGCUGGAGGAGAGCGACUCGGAGGAGGCGAAGAAGGAGGGAGGCGCGGAGGACUGGAAGAAGCGCGAGGAGAGCCCGGAGAAGAAGCCGUGCCGCAAGAAGAAGACGCGCACGGUGUUCAGCCGCUCGCAGGUCUUCCAGCUGGAGUCCACCUUCGACAUGAAGCGCUACCUGAGCAGCUCGGAGCGCGCCGGCCUGGCCGCCUCGCUGCACCUGACAGAGACCCAGGUGAAGAUUUGGUUCCAGAACCGCCGCAACAAGUGGAAGCGGCAGCUGGCGGCCGAGCUGGAGGCGGCCAACCUGAGCCACGCGGCCGCGCAGCGCAUCGUCCGCGUCCCCAUCCUCUACCACGAGAACUCGGGCGCGGAGGGGGGCGCGGGGGGCGGCGGAGCCCCCGGCACGCAGCCCCUGCUCACCUUCCCUCAUCCCGUCUACUAUUCCCACCCCGUGGUCACCUCCGUGCCGCUGCUGCGGCCCGUCUGAGCCCGGGAGGGGCGCGGAGAGGCGCGCAAGGCACCCGCCCGCUCGUAAGUACUGCAGCCCCUCGUGCGGGGGGACUGCGGGGACACGAGUGCGGGA